AGUAGAAACAAAAUUAAAUAAAUUCAAUAGAAGUCGGUAGAUCUGACGGCUACAAUAAUUUAUAACCAGAACCUACCAAAAUUUAUGACCAUCAGCUUCGGAGCCCAUACUCUAUAAAUACCAUACCGUCUCUUAAAAGCUAAACCACAUUGUCUUUUUCUGCACAUUACAAAAAAGGUUACUAGAGAUUUUCUUUAGCAAGACAUCAACAAGUAAAUUAUAAUCAGAGAACCUUCAAAUCGUCAUGAUAACAGUAGCUAUUGCCGCUGAGUUGCUUGAAGAAUACACGUUGGCGCUAGCUCGCAUCACCGCCACACUCCUCCCUCUACCACCAACAAGUCGCCGUCGAAGGGUGCGGGCUCCCACUAGCCGUGGCCAAGCUGAUUCUUCCUUGCCUCGUAGCGACGUCUCAUCAUCUUGCGCUCCAAACUACGCCGCGUUUCUCUUGAAUUUCUGAGUUCUUCUUACUUUGUAUAGACGAAGAGAUUUUCGAAUUUUCUUCUUCUUGAUUGUAAUUUCGAAACAUGCAUGCUUGUGUUAUGCAAUGGCAACUUUCUAUUUAUUUCCUCUGUUGAUGUUUUCCUACAAUGAUAAAUCAAAAAUUUAGAAAAACAUUUAAAUUUA